AGCAGUUAGUGAUGCUUCCCCAGAAAAUAGUUUGAGCAGCGCGUGGCUUGGGGAACUCUGUCUGAAAGCAUUUGUUGGAUAAAAAGAAAAAAAUCUUUUUAAAUCCUCGUUAACAUCUUUCUAGCUUCCACAUCAUUUGGCAAGGAGUCCACAAUUUAACUGUGUUGUGUCAAGAACUACUUCCUAUUGUUUUCAUUGAAUUUAAGUUCGUUGAAUUUAGUCAAUGAGAAACUUAGUCACUAAGUUUCAUUGAAUUUAAGUUUCUAAUUUUUCUCAUUAAAGGAGACAAGAAGCAUUCUAAGAUUUUUUUCUCUAUCUGUUCAUCUUCCAGUUCUCUUUAAACUUAUAACUAUUUAUCAUCAGUAAAGCACCACAAGUUAUUAGUACAGGAAUUGUACAUUUUAAGAGGAUUGCUUACCUUAUGGUGCCAUAUCAUGACAUUGCAUAACUUAACUACAUUGCACUGUAAGUUGUAAAACAGGUUUGUAUAAUUACAUGGUUUUGAAGGUGUGAAUUUUUUAGCAGAUGCUUUGUACAAGAGAGUAGGCUAGAGAAAAGAAUUCAGGAGAAACCUUGAUCUGUUUAGGUGUCGCACAGCACACUGUGUACUCUUUCUUCAGUAAUGGACUGAAUUUUCAAGGGAGAGCUUCCUUAGAAGGUGAUAUAUAAUUUCUGGCUAGGUGAAGAGUUGGUGAUUUUUUUUUUUUUCAACUUUCAAGAUCAUAGUUUGCUGUGUGCUGGAGGACUUUUUUUAAGGUGGUACUUUGAAUUGGCCCAAAAAACAUUCGAGUGGGUCUAGUUAGUUCUUGCUGCCUUGUAGUGGAGAAUGCCAUUGGGCCAGCCCAGCAAUAUAACUCUGUAAGUAAGUUUAAACAAUAAUAAUUAUAUUUUAUUUCAGUUCAUGUACAUGGAAAUAAAAUUAUUUUAAUUCUAAUGUUGACUUUUGCAUUCUUUCCAAUAAGGUGGUCUAGUUGCUAUGAGUUAUUUUCUUUCAGUGUUCUGUCAAAAUUGCAUGUGUUCUUGCUAGAUUUGUAUCAAGCUUCUGACAUUUCUAACAUUAAGACUUCACUUUGAGAAAGCAAUCAGCUUAAGAUGUAUGCAGCUGCCUAUUAGUGUAUUAGAAGUGGGAAGCAGGCUUGCUUCAAGUUGAGCUCUUUUUUCAGUUCACAAACUAACUGCACUGGAACUGAAUUUAGGAAACAAAUGUUCCAACUGCAUUGUUAAGAGUGCCUUAGAAGGGCUCAUCUCUGAGUUUUAAUUACAUUGAAGAGGCUGUGGAAAUAUAAAAUCCUGUUUAAAAUCGUUGUAUGUUCCAUGACAUCCAUUUAGGCAGUUGCUUGUCAAGACUGUGACGUGUUGCACUGUUAAAGGUUAAUCAGUUCUGUGUGUGAAUAGCCUCAUUACACACUCAAUACAAAUGCUGUGGUUUCAUGUCUCUCUAAGCUGCUAAUUUUUCUCCAGGCUAAUCUGUUCUACCUGUUCUUUCAUCUGCCUUGUAGGAUGGCCUCACAUGCUCCAGUGCUGAUGCAAAAAGCUUGCAAGGAAUUUGUGGUUUGGGUAAAAGAGGAGCUUGAGACUUUAUUGAUUAGUUUAUUUUCAAGUAGCAACCACAGAUCUGCCUGCUUCAAGUCUUUUUGUGUCUGCUUUCUCCAUUUUCUGACUGGAAUGAAGACUUAAACUGCCACAGAACAGUUAUUUGUUAGUUUUCCAUUCUUGACCUACAUAUUACUUUGAGAUGAUCAAUCCAAAGCCACUGAUUUUUUUUAUUCUUUUUUCAUCUGAAAUGUAGAAAUUCUUUAAGUUAUGGAAAUUUCUUUGCAUUUGGGGGAACAAAUUUUUCUUUGGCGGUGAAGCUCAGUCAUUUUGUGGUACUGGUUAUUAGGUCAAAUGUCCAUGAUAGUCAGACAUGUUUCAGCAAGCUAGAAGAGGGAACAAUAAGAAGAACACUUAACAAAAUGUCAACUGUAAAAAUUUGGAAAGCACAAAGCUUGAUUUUGUCACCAUUUAGUAGUAAUGAAGCUGAUAGAAAAGAUGGGAAUACACAGUACCCAGAAAGGGCACGGGUUGCAAGUGAUUAGUUGCUUUCAGCUGUAAGAUGAUGUACAUAAGGAGGUAAUUAACUAAGGCUACUGAACAUAGACUAAUUACAGAAUGGCACCUGGUGUGGCAUGUGCCAGCCCUGCAGGGCUAUUGUGGAAUAAAUACGUGAGAAAUGUUCACGUAUAGCUUUUGAGGCUAUGAGGCUUAUGUGUGAAUGUAAUAUUAAUAAUGAUUAGUGUUUAAGUGUGGGCUUGAUGCUUCCACAAAGUAAUCAUUAAUGUACAGAAUAAUGAGGUCGGUACUGUUCAGCUUAAUGCUACGCUACUUGGGCUUGACUGUGUUCCAGUCGCUGAUUGAUGCCACUUGAAGCUCGGGAUGCCCUGGUUGAGAAACCUACCUAACUAAAGGGCUGAGCUGAGCUUUGGGAUUUGGAAAGUAUGAAGAAGUUUGGUCUCUGAAAGAGAUGAGGCAAAUUCUGAAGCGCAUAACAAAUCAGCAGCUGCUCUCAGACCCCAUUAGUAGCUCGGGUCCCCUGCAGUCGUAAUAGGGACUGCUCAGGAAGGCAGGUGCUAAAGAUGAAUAGAUUUUUUCCAGUCCUGUGCUCCAAGGAAUCCAUUUUGUGCCAUUUUUUCUUCUGGAAAUUCUAAAAUGAAUACUUCUCUACAGAAACGUCUAUAGAAGAUGAGCUUUGAACAACAGGUGUAUUAAUGACACUGUUAUUUUCCUCCUGUGUGUACACACACACACACACACACACACACACCAAAUUGGUGCAGGAAUAAUCUGCCUUCUGGGCUCACUGCAUACUCAUUAGCCAUGUAUUCCACUUCUUUUGAAGAGUUGUCAGUCAUUGGUUGACCUGUCUGUCUUUCUAGAACAGCUGUAUCCAACAGCUGGAGAGUGGAGGUUAUACUCCCAGGUUUAAGAAGAGCCCCUGGGAGUCAGAACUGGAGGCUAUGUGAUGUUAGGGUAGAAUUCUUAAGUGUUGUUCUGAGGUAAAUAGAAAGGUUCCCACUCAUCUGAGCAAAUUACUGCUCUGAAGAUCUAGAUUUACUUCUUGUUAUUGAAUCUUGCUUUUGAGCUUUCACAACCCCGGAGAGUUUGUAUCAGAUGCUGUAAGAGGGUGUGUACACCUGUACCAUCUUCAUCAGCGAGCACAUGAAACAUACAGACAAUCACCAGAAAAUAUAUCUCGUUCAAAUUUGGUGAAUUAAUUUCAUGUGCAUGUACACUGAGAGAUAUUAGCUCCUUUUUGAUGAAAAGAGGGUGUUAAGAAAACUUGCUUUUAGGGAUCCCAUGAGACACGGUCUGAGGCUACAAUUUUGGGACUAGCUAUUACACUAUUACAACCAUGGAUUGAGCUGCCUGAAAUAAACCACCACUGGUCCAGGAGCUACUUAACUGUGUAGCUCAGCCUUGGAUUUGUGUUGCUAUGCUUUGCCUUUCUUAACACAACCUGUACAAACGUCUUCUACCCCAUGGUAGAUUUUAACAACAUGAUUCCUUUUAAAUAUGCUUGCACAUAAUUAUCUACUUCACAAACAAUGCAUUGCUAAACGUUGGCUUUUCCCAGGAUGACACUGUAUGAAAAUCAGGUGAUUGUAACAUAUGAAAGCAAAUUAAUUCCUUUCCUGUUCUUCUUCCUUGCUAAUUGUUUCUUCUGUUAGUGUGCUGCCCUACAAAAAAAGCCUGAAACUGUUUCCUGUUUGGUUUCCAAAAUGUUGGCAGUCCUCAGUGCUUUGUACCAUGAAUUCCAGGCACACAGAAAAGCUCUUAAUAGUUAUCAUGAUUAAUGGGUAAAGUUAAUUAUUCAUAGAUGUUAGCCUGACAUCCCCGUGAGUCACGGAUGUGCUAUCCUCCUUUUAUAUGUGGGAAACUACAACAAGAUUAGCUCUGCUGGAGGAGCUAGGAACACCAAGAACUAGGUGCUCCAGUAUCUAAUUGCAGCCUUUUCCUGGAACUCAUAUUUUGGGAGUAGGCUGCUCAGCUUUCUUUUUGGUGUGUGGUGCCCCAGGAUAGGAUUGAAGGCAUCCAGAAGGCUGUUGAGCGCUGUGGAGUGAGCUGCUAUGAAAUGUUCUGCCCAGGUACAAAGCUUCUCUCUAACCUCACUUCUGAAGCUUUGUGGGACUGUGGGACUGGGAAGAGGGAGCAAAAGGAAAAAGUGACUUAGUAGAUUAUGAACUGGAAGAAGUUAGGAUUCUCUUCCCUAUUCCCAGUCCAGUAUUCCCGGUAUUUUCCACUGAUUUUUAUUUGUUUUGUUUUUGUGUGUGUGGUGUUUUAUUUUUUUUCCUCAUAUGUGAUAUAAAACACCAGUGCAGCCUCAGGUAUACGGAGCUGAUAUGUCUGUGCCUCCUUGCUACUGAAAGAUCUUGCUGCCAGGCUGCAGAGCUAUUCCCCUAUCUUCACCUUGGCUUCCUCUGCAGUUCUCUUGUGCUCCAGCACACAGUAUCACAAGCUUGACGGGCUAAAAAGCAAACACACAGACAUCUUCUUGGUGUGGCAUGUAAGUGCUUUACAAAAAAAAGGAAUUUAAUAUUGGUUUCUGCCUACAAGAGGUUAUCUUCUAACUAGUGAUGGCUACUCCCCUCACUGGUUUAAACAGAGUAGGCAUCACAGCCACCUUUUGUGAGAAAACACAUGAAUUUAGGUUGCAAACUCCCAUUUGCUCAGGGAUUUUGACACUGAGAGACAAAGACCAGAGCCCGGUCCUUAGAAGGUAAGGACCAAGCUGCUCUGUCUGGGCUGUUUCAGACUUGUACAAGAACUGAAGUACAGCUCAGUCAAGUGAGUGGAACACAGUUCUGGAGACCAACAAUGCCCAGGCUGAUGCUUUAUGAGUUUAUACCCUUUCCUUUCUUGAACUCUAAAUGACCUGUUUUAAGUGAUGUAUCUGUGGUUAAGCUGAGAUAUGAACUGAAUUCUCAGUGCACUGAGUUAUUUGCUAGACUAUCUUUCCUACAGUAAAGUUCAAAGUCUUUCAGAAAAGAGAAGAAAAAUACUCAUUUUUGUUUCACAAUGGCUAGAGAGAAGCUUUGUGAAUAUUGGGAUGUUGUUUCAGUGCUCACCUGCAUUCUUCAUAAAGGCAAUACAAGGGAGGAAACUGUGGCCCUCAGCAGCUGUUCAGUUCAGAGCACAUCCGACAAACGUGAAGCCCUUCUCAACACAAUUUUGCUAUUGUUAUUUAAGAGAUAUACUCGACAUAGAAAAGAAAAUUAGUCUUAAGUUGGCCAUACCCCUUCAAAAGGUGAAACAGCUCUGCAGGGUUUGCCUGAGAUGAAAGCGUUUAGGACUAACAAGCCCAUGAGGGGAUGUUACAGAUGCAUCUUUAACCGGUCAGUUAGCACUAGGCAUCCCCUGUGUGUCAGCAUGGGCAGUUUCCCUAUAAAGCGCUUAUAAAGCCAGUGAAUACCUGGUGUUACCUAUAAUUACAUCCCAGACAAAAGGAAUAGCCUGAGAAAUGCAUCUGCCUGCUGAUGUUAUGAAACCAGGGCUGAAGCAUGCAAAAGAGAUGGUAAUUAGUAUGGGUAUAUUUCCAGGUAAUUUCAAAUAGUGUUCUCGCUGUCCCAUGGAACAUGAUGAUAGAAUCUUCAGCCUGAAGGAGAAUGGCAUGCAAUAGAUAACGCGUUCAAAAUAGAGCAUCAUUUUGAAAAUCGUCUCCAUUAAAUGGGAGAGGAAAAAAAAAGAAAACCCUAAAAAGUUUGUAGAUUAUGGGCAUGGGAAAGCAGAACAAAAAAGUGUAAAUCUAUAAGUAGAGAAGAACUAGUGGUACUGAAUCUUGUGCUCUUGUGGAUAUUGUAUGCUUUAGAUCUCAGGUGCAUCCCUUUCUAAAAUAAGCAUAAAGUUGUAGGGUAGCAUUUUUGACCACUCUGUAUUCCCUAUAGCUCAGUGUAACAGCAGCUUAUUGCUGCAGUCCGGCUGUGGGUGCCAGGAAGCUUUCCUGCUUCUUAAACUUCGGAAGAUGAAGAUACCAUAUGCACCCAGUGCAUAACAACGGGGCUAGAUUCCCCAGCAGAACUCCUCUCCUCACUGACACAAGAUCUAGGUCCCUGAUAGCUGUAUUCAUGGGUUUUAGGGGGACAUGGCCCACUUGAUCAUAUCCUGCGCUUUAAAGACUCACAACCGUUGUUUGUUUUGAACUUAGAAAUUAGUAUCUGGCCAAGAUAGUAUUUCAUACUCAGAAAAUCUCAAGCGCAAAGGAGAGCAAAAAAAAGAAAAAAGAAAAAAAGAAUAAAAGGAUUUCUAGUUUAUUAAAUGACAAAAAGAAAGCUACCUGGAGAAAAUCUUGCUUUGUAAGCCUACACCCCUGCUAGGCAGAGUCGGGUGAAGGGAAAAAGGAAGGAAAAGAGAGAGACAUUGGCCUCACAGACCCAGAUCUUUCAGUCUCCAUGUGACUCAGUUGGUUUUGGUAGCUUCUAUACACAAAAAGUUCCCCGGCCAUAUGGUGUAAAUACUCUUCUUCCUCAGCUGCAGCAUCCCUCUUCCCCAGGUAGGAAAGUCAAACCUUGCCUCUGCUCUCAAAGCCUGUUAGCCACCUGCCCAAAUUAGGCUGGCAGUAAGCAAUGAAGCAGAGAUAUGGUUUUCUUUAAUUGUCCCUUUUGGAAUUCCUAUGGAAGUAUGACAAUUGCCAAACUGAAAUCCUUGAGGAAAUAAGACAAAAACCCUUGCAGAAAUGUGCCCAGGCUGAUCUGAGAUAUAAAGCAAGGAGAACACUAUGAGGGAUCUGAUUUUUGCCUGUCCCCGCCACUGAUUCAUUGCAAUGCUUUCUGAAAGUCAUUUAUGGAGCAUCAGUGUAGUCACUGAUGGAGGAAAAACAAUAUUUACUUCCUUUCACAGAAAUGUCCCGAGUCUUAGUAACCACUGCUUGUACAAAUCUUUGGAUGAAAGGAAACAUAAGAGUUCAAAGCUCUUAUUAUAUACUGCUCGUUACACUUUAUAACAGAUGUCAUCACUCUAGGUAGGAAUUAACAUUCCAAAGCCCAGAGGGUGGAUACCUUUUCAUUCCCAUAUAUAUAAAACUCAUCGAGUGACCUGCCUCAAAGCAAGGCCAGCUGAAGACGGGUGAGUCUGAAUCCACUCAGAGUAGCAAUUCAGGGAAGAAACCUUGGUUUUUGCUUUGCUUUACUGUUUUGUUAUUAUUGCAAUUGUUGUGCUGUUUCUGCUUAAGGCUUGUGAUAAUUUUUGUGGUGGGAGAGAAAACAAAAAGGCUGAUAACUUGAAACUUUACAUGUUAAUUUUCUGCACGUAGGAGCAGCUACAAACCAUAGAGCUAGAUGGGGCCCCAUAUGGAUUUGCCAUUGAAUUAAGAGGUAUUGGGUCAAGUUGUGCUGAUCCAAUAUUCUAUUCUUGCAAAUAGAAUCAUGGAAUCGUUUGAGUUGGAAGGGACUCUGAGAAGUAAUCUAGUCCAACUCCCUUGCAAUGAACAGGAACACCUACAGCUAGAUCUGGUUGCUCAGAGAAAUACUCAGUGUUAGGGCUCAAACUGAGCUGCUGCAGGUACCCAGCUCAGGCAGUGGGCUUUGCUGCCUGAAUAAGCUCUCUCAGGGCAUGGGAGUCUUUCCGAUGAUUUGGAUGGACUGUGUUCAGGCAUCCAUGAGGUCUAGUUUACAGUAGAAAUAACUAUUAGACUGGAGAAAAGGUCAGGCCUUAUUAAAAUCAAUAAGGUAUAUUCAGGUGUUAAUAGCAUUGCAGGAUGAUUGCCUGCAAGGAUUGUGGCAUUGUUUUGUACUGAAAACCCUCCUGGGGGGGAAAAAACAUUUGUAAGUUGUAAAAGUGCAUAGUUUUAAUGCCCUCUGCAGCAAGGCAAGUGGAAUUGAUGUUUUUUUCCAGUCAAUAGCUAUUAUCUGAUGAUAUUUUGGAAUUUUAUUAAUAAAUGCAAUAGGCAUUUACUACUGAAGUGAUUAUCUGUCAUUAUCACACACCUGAAUAUAUGCAGAGGUAUUAUUGCACCAGCAAACGACAGGCUGAAACAUCCCUGAUGACAAUGGCCCCUGGCUUAGUGCUUCCCUCUCAGUGUGAUAGUGAUAGUGAUGGUGUGGUGGUAAAAGUGGUGGAGGAGAUGCCCCUCCAAACCCUCCAGAAUAAGUAGGAAAUAAGCAGGUGGGGCUCCCAUCUCCUCCCACCACCACGCUCUGAAGCCACCAGGUGAUGGGAAGGAGCAGGGGAGCUUUUGCCAUGCGCACUUUCUUCCUGGGCUGCUGAAUAUCAGCUCCAACUUCUUCAUGUUGUGUUUUCAGGUGUCCUGGGGCAGCUGAGGAGAGCCAUCGCCAUGGUCGCUGCAUUGCUUUUGCUGGGCCUUUCGGCCCUGUUUGGUGAGCCUGGGCUCGGGUUUGGUCUGCUGUGGAGAGCUCUCUGCCACACAGAGUCACAGAAACACCCAGCCAGCCUUAACUGGCCUGUCUGCCUGCUCAGAAUGAUCUCACAAAUGUCACAGGCUGUUAGACGAAGCCUAUCAAUUUCUUGGUUUUUGAGGAAAUAGGGCAAUUUUCCCAGGCUGAGGCAUGCACUCUUCCCAAUUAAUUCCCCUCUGAGCUGCAGAGGGAUGCAGGAGGUGUUCCCAACCAGAGUGCUCGGGUGCCACCAGCCAUCAUCUGAGGGGCCUGGAUGCUGGGGGACAUCAAUAAGUAAAUAUGGAGGAUGUGGUUCCUUCCCCACAGCAACCUUUACACCUAACAGGGAAGAUGGCCUGUUUGUGUAAAAUGAUAUUUAAUUUACUUCAACCUAUCUGACUAGAAAAUAAUAAAUUCCUGUUCUUUCGCUGUUAUUGACAAUGUCACUGAUGGGCGGCAGUGGCAGCAGAAUAAGCACACGAGGUGGUUUGAAUCAUGGGUCUGGAUGAACACCUCACGCUUGUAUUCACCUGUAAUAAGCUGUAUGAUAUUGCUGUGAGAUCUAAUGUUUCCAAACACCUCUUUUCAGCUCCAUCCGUGAGUUACAGUUGCUAUGGUGAUAUCAGUGCUCUUCAAGCCCCCACAAUUUCCUGCACAGCUGUAAGAGCCCAGGACUGUGGCCCUGCUGCUCUGAGGAGGACGGUGGAAGCGGAUGUCAUCCGCCUGAGGAAAUAUGAGGUGCCCAUUAAGAGAGUGGCCAGAAGGCUGUGCUUGGACCCAGCGCUCAUUGCUGCCAUCAUCUCGCAGGAGAGCCGUGCCGGCCUGCUGCUGAACAACGGCUGGGACGAGGGCCGGCAGCGGUACGGCCUGAUGCAGAUUGACAGGCGGUACUACCAGCCCUUUGGGAUGUGGGACAGCGAGGAGCACAUAAACCAGUGUUCGAGCAUGCUGGUGGCAGGAAUCAACGAAGUGAGGGCAAGGCACCCUGCCUGGAGCUGGGACCAGCAGCUGCGAGGCGGGAUUUGCACCUACCAUGCAAGAGCUGGCAACCUCCAGGUCUACGAUGAAGACCCCUGCAGCACAGACAACAGCUAUGUCAACAGUGUGAUCAGGCGGGCCCAGUACUUCAAGAGUAAUGGGUUCUAGCCCAGUGACCCACUGCCACCAAGCCUCCUCUACAUGUAGACUAGCCCAGUAGUGACAGUAGUACCCAGAGCCUCUCCAGGGUCCUGGCAGGACUGAUGUGACUCCCAGGGAUAACACGCCACGAUCUUGAGAACACACCUUUAGAAGUCAGAAAGUGACAUUCCAGUGAUGCUAAAGUGUUGGGUGAGGAUGCUCCUUUCAUCAGGAGCUGAACCUGGGGCUGUUCAUGCAUCUCCCAGGUGCAGAUGCAAACAGCACUCCCUCAGCAUGGGCUGUGCUGUUCCUGUUCUCUCUUAGAAAUAGGACAAAGAACCCGUUGAGUUUCCUCCCCCUUGACAGUGCUGGCUGCUUGCCAAUGAAGAGGCUCCUCCCUGUCUUCCAUCACUCCAUACACACCUGCCCCAGGAGCUAUGUCACAGCAUUAGUGUUGGUAACAACCUCUCCACCUUCCCUGCUUUGCCUUUGGAGCAUUUGUACUGAAGCCCACCAAGUUUAAAAGCAUUUCAUCUGCUGUCACUCUGUCCUGCCAGUCUGCCUGACGUCUAAUUAGGAGUGGAUUAGCUCUGGGUUUACAAACUGUUUGAAAGUAUUUUCCAAUGCGGAUGGUUCUGGGUGCAAAUUUAGGUUUACUGAGAAUCAAAAUAAAGAGAAAUGUUGAAUUCCGAUUUUUUGUUUGUUUGACAAUCAACUCAUCUUGCCUGUUUCACAACUCAUCUUGCCUGUUCACCUGUGACUUAAGUAAUUAACCUAGUCUGGGAUUUCUGAGAGUAGAAAGAUGAAAACUGAGCUGGGAGACUCAGAGACUGGGCACACAGAAUCCUGGGAAAAGGAAACAGAGACAUUCAUAUUUAGCUUUGCUCACCACUGACGGUUGGACUCAACGAUCCACUGACUGAUGGACUAGUGGUCUUUUCCAACCUUAAUGAUUCCACGACUGUUUUGGGGGCAGCAGGGCAUCUACCUGGCAGCUGUCACCAGCUCUGAUGCAGAAGCUGCAUCUCACAGUUGCCAUCCAGGAGGGCUGGCACAGGCACGGUGAAAACUGAUUUGGAGACAGCUUUUGCAAGCUGAGCAAUUUCAGCGCUGUGCUCCUUGGUAUCCUGCUGUGUCACCAGUCACUCGCCUGCUUACCAUCACAGCAAGGACUGCGUACAACUGAAAUAUUUGUAGGCAGAUUCACAUUUAUAAUCUCUGGAGGCCAGGGGGAGCUAUAGGACAUCUCUAACAUUACUGCGCUUUGUUGUUUUUUUUAAGACUCCAGGAAACAGCUUACUGUUGAGCUAUCAGAGGUAUUCAACUAAUUACUAAUUAGUCUGUAGUGAACUCUGUGCUGUACUCAGAUAAUUUUAGUAAAACACUAUGUUACAAUACAGGCUCACAUCACUCACAGUUUGAUUAUCUCUACUUGAAACAGUUUAUAUAACGUUCAUAGGUCAAAGUCUUUGCUCUAAACCUCUAUCUUAUACAAACCUCAUACAUUAUGCACAGUGUAUAUUAACACUUUUGGUAGAGCAGUGUAAACUUCACAUGGGCUGGGGGCAGGGAAUCUUAUUUCUUCCCACAUCUGUAGAGUUGGUUUUUGAGUUUAGAAGAUUCAUCGAAGUGGAGAUUUCUUUGGUUCCUUUCACAAUGCCCUUAUCUGCUGCCACUAGGAUGUGUAGCUAUCCCUGUGGAUCUCUGCAUGCAUUCAGAGUCCCAUUUCUGCGUGUGUUACCUGUGAGGCCACAUUUCCACAUCUUGCUCCCACCACCGGAGGGGCAGCACGUCUUCGGAUG